AUGAGAUUCACUACUCUCGCUACGUCCCCGUUGCUGUUUGGCUCAGCUUCACUCGUUGCCGCAGUGUCGCCUCCUUUACCACAAGACGCAUAUACUCCCAGAGGCGUCUCCAACAUUAUCCCCCAAGGCACCAAAGUCCAUCAGGAGCACGAAGAUCGUACCUGUUUCAUCCUCGGCACUUUCGACCCUGACUUUGACGAGUUCAGUGUUUCUCUAGUCGAUGGAAUUGUCAACGGGCACCUAACCGAUGGCUUCUGCCACAAUCAUGCUACGGGAGUCGUCAAAGAUAGCAAAGGGAACAAUUGUGUCUUUGACGACAGACUCAGUGGUCUCCGCUGCUCCGCCGAAUCUCCCACGACCAGCUUUAAUCUGACCAUUCGCCAACCACCAGCCGUCAAUUAUCCCAAGGCAUCAGCCGUCCAAGCAAUUCAAAACGCUCUGGAACACGUCUGCACGAGAUAUCCUCCCACGUGUGCCUUGAUCCCUUCCGUCAUGGAAGUCGUCCUGUCUUCCAUGGAAGUCAUCGCCGACGUCGCGAGGCUGUACAAGGCUAUUCUCACAGGCCAAGGUCUUGAGGACUUCAAUCGCCCAGCUUUACCGGAAUUAUCCGAGACCAGCCACGGCACCUCUGCCCGGGCGGGGCAUUCAAACGACCAAGGCAGCUUUGCUGUCAUCGACAAUGUCCUCCAUUCAGCUAUUUUGGAGUUCAUCUGCGAGGAGCUCUGCAGCCCGAUCUGUGAUCACAUCCCCUCAAUUAUGAGAAUUGUCGAUUCGAUAUUGAAGGGCAAUGCCGACUUGCAGGAACUUACCAAUGCGUUCCAGUAUUACCUUGCCAGAAUCACCCCAGCUGACGUCCAGACCAUAACAGAAGGAGCUGAGGACAUCUACGACAUCUUCGCCACCACGCCAUCAAAAAUAGAGGACCUGGUAGACGCUAUCAAAAUCGACUACAGAACGCUCGGCCUUGACGGCACCUGGAGGCUGCUCCGAGCUGGCUUAUCCGUUUACUUUCGUCUUUCUCCGUCUGACGAACACAAGCUAUUUCAAACACUUGGAGACAUCAUUUCCCGUUUUGAUGCAUCCGGUGCUUCGAACUAG